GGAAAAAGAGAAAACAAACAGCAGAAUCGUUUCCAAUUUCCGAACCCAGCUCAAAUUUGCUGUUCGUAGCGCGGCCAAAUGGGAGCAGCCCCUAGAAUUUGGGGAAUUCGGGUAGCGGCGGUGGCCUGUUCUUCCCCUCUUCUUCUUCUUCUUCUUCUUCUUCUUCCUCUUUUUCCCUUCUCAUUUUCUUCCUCGUUUUCUAGGAAUGCGCCCAGAACAAGAAAAAGGAAGAGAACAAAGAAGACCAUAAAGGCUAAUGGGCACCGAGAGGGAGAUUUUCAGCAUUUCUGGACCACUACACCUCACUGCCAUUGACUGGAAUGACACAUAUCACCGAAGAUCUGUUGCUGCAUCGUUGGUUCAGGGGGUGUAUAUUCUAGAACGAGAUCGCCAAGAGAAACGCCAAGGGCCUCUAGCUCUUGCUCCCGCCUGGUGGGACUUCUUGCACUUCCAUUUAAAUCGUGUGCUUGUUGAUGACACUGAUUGUUCCAUCUUUGGUGCCAUAUAUGAAUACAAAUUUCCAUCUCCCUACUGCAAUAACUAUUCAGCCCCAGAUGCCCCAAGAUAUGUUAUUGCCUUUCGAGGAACUCUUCCCAAACCAGACUCUAUGCCACAAGAUCUCAAGUUAGAUCUCAAGUUCAUCCGUAACAAACUUCACCUGAGCUCCCGCUUUCAGCUGGCUAUGCAAGCUAUCCAAAACAUGGUUGCUGUUGUUGGAGCUGCAAAUAUCUGGUUAGCCGGACAUUCUCUGGGCUCAGCCAUGGCAUUGCUGGCUGGAAAGAACAUGGCAAAGGCUGGAUGCACUCUUGAGACUUACCUCUUCAAUCCGCCAUUUGCUUCUGCCCCUAUAGAAUGGAUAAAAGAUCAAAAAUUGAAACAUGGGAUCCGCCUUACGACCAGUGUAUUCACAGCAGGGCUGGCUGUGGCUGUAAAUGGUCACCUGCAGAGGUCUCAGCAAGAUGGUCAAUUUGUAGUCAUAUCUGCUUGGGUCCCCUAUUUGUUUGUGAAUCCAGCAGAUCACAUUUGCUCAGAGUAUAUUGGAUACUUCGAGCAUAGAAGGAAGAUGGGGGAGAUCGGAGCUGGGGUUAUUGAGAGGCUUGCUACUCAGAAUUCUAUAGGGAGCUUGUUCUUAAGUGCAUUGGGCAAGGAUUCUGAACCAUUGCAUCUCCUUCCUUCUGCGCACCUGACAACUAACCUCAGUCCUACACCGGAUUUUAGAGAAGCUCAUGGACUACACCAAUGGUGGCAGCCAAAUGUAUGCUGUCAGUCCAAGUUGUAUCAGUUUGGAUGAUGCAUUAAAACCUUUUUGGCGAUUCUAUUUGGGGUAAAUAUUUAUUAAGCACACUUUAUGAGUUCAUGUGGGGGAACCCAUCACAUGUGAGAUGUGAAAUUCCUUUGACAUAGUGAGGCCAGUAUAACUUGAGGAAAGCAGAAAUUUUUAAAUUUUGAUCAAUCUUUUGUAAAUCAAACACAGUGAAGAAAGUUAAAUUAUCAAACUAUAGGAUGUUUAGGAUCA